UGUGCAUGUCGUCUCCUUUCGCGCUUGCGGGCAUCAUAUCAGCGUUGGAUGAGGAAUGCUCUUCGCUCCGUCAGGGGGCCCUGCUACGCCUGCAUGGUCUUGUCGAUCAGUAUUGGGCUGAAAUGGCGAAUGUUGUGUCGCUGAUCGAGGAAUUGAGCGAGGAUGUUAAAUUUCCAGGACACAAACUCGCUGCCGCGUUAGCAAGCAAAAUUUUUUUUCACCUCGAAGAGUAUGAUGAAGCUCUACGACUAGCACUCGGUGCCGGCUCAUACUUUGAUGUCACUAUCCGUUCAGAAUAUGUUGAGACGCUAGUCUCAAGGUGCAUAGACAAGUACGUCGCCGCACCCGAAACUUGUGACGCAGCUGGAUCCCCGGAAGCAUCUCUUGAUCCUAGACUUGAAGCUAUAGUAGAACGCAUGUUCCUCCGAUGUUUUAAUGAUGGCGAAUUUGAGCACGCAAUUGGGAUUGCCCUUGAAGCCCAGCAGUUGACUAAAAUAAAAGAAGUAAUAACCAACUGUCCAAGCUCGAAGCGCCCGCAGCUUUUAAGCUACGUAGCUGAAGCAAAUCAGAUUUUAGUAAAAAACACUAGUUAUCGAAACAGCGUCGUGCGUUUGCUCAUCGUACUACAUGAAUCUUUUGACGAACCAGACUACUUGUUCCUGUGUCAUGCAUGGCAAAUGAUCGGGGAGGUGGAAGGGAUUUGUCAGUUACUGAUUCGCCUCGUUUGUGGCGAUGAGAACCAGAUGCUCCUUGGCUUUCAGCUUGCGUUUAAUUUAGUCGAAUCUGGAAGCCAAAAGUUCAUACAUGAUAUCAUACAGUCCCUCAACAAGAGAGAGGAAUCAAAUUGUUCUGUAAAAGCAGAUAUUGACGGUGAUGUAGAACACCAUGUGAGUCGUGUGAGAAAACUUGCCUCCAUCUUGUCAAUCGACGGUUUAUGGAGUGAUUUGCAACGAAGUUUCCUUGUGUCGAAGUGCGAGACUGACAUUCUUAUAUUGAAAAAUAUCAAGGAAUCUAUUGACGGCAAUCGUAGCUCGAUGUUGCAUAAUGCCAUAGUCAUUACUCACAGCCUCAUGAAUGCUGGCACGACAGACACCACAUUUCUAAGAGAGAACCUUGAUUGGAUGGGAAAGGCUUCUAAUUGGGCUAAAUUCACUGCGACUGCAUCUAUUGGUGUUGUACAUUCUGGCCAUACAAAAAAUUCGAUUGAAUUGCUACAGCCGUAUCUACCCUCAAAUCAAGGGGUAUCGUCAUCACCAUACUCGGAAGGCGGGGCGCUGUAUGCUCUCGGGCUCAUCCAUGCCAACAGGGGUAAAUCUCAAUUACAACCAGCGGUGAUUGAGUUACUGAGAGAUGCAAUCCGACAUGCUGGCAAUUCAGAGCCCCUCCAACACGGUGCAUGCCUAGGAAUUGGUCUUGCUGCGAUGGAAAGCGGUGAUCCACAACUGUAUAACGAAUUGAAAACCAUUCUAUUUUUCGACUCCGCAGUGGCGGGAGAGGCCGCCGCUUAUGGUAUUGGAUUAAUUCUAGCAGGGCAUGGUGCUAGCACACAGCUAGCCCGCACUGCUACAACCGAACUUAUGGCUUAUGCUCAUGAAACAGCACAUGAAAAAAUAAUUCGCAGCAUUGUCCUCUCAUUAGCUCUUAUUGGGUUUGGCCAAGAGAAUCUUGCUGAGCCAGUGAUAGAGCAGCUCUGUCGAGAUCGUGAUGCAAUCAUUCGGUAUGGGGGUAUGUAUGCGAUCGGGUUAGCUUAUGUUGGAACGGCGCACAAUUCUGCAGUCCGGCGUCUCUUACACGUUGCUGUGUCUGAUGUUUCAGAUGAUGUGCGCAGAGCUGCUGUCACGUGUCUUGGGUUGGUCUUGUUUCGCAGUCCGCGUAGAGUACCAACUCUGGUAACAUUAUUAGCGGAGAGCUUCAAUCCUCAUGUUCGCUACGGUGCAUGCCUAGCCAUAGGAAUUUCGUGCGCUGGUACUGGAGAUCCCGAGUCUCUGCUUUUAUUGCAGCCAAUGCUAUCCGACCCUGUCGACUUCGUCCGGCAGGGUUGCUUGCUGUCGCUGUCUCUUAUCCUGAUGCAGCAGUCAGAAUUUAACACGCCGUCAGUCAAAUGGUUUCGCGAAAAGAUAGCUAAAAUGGUUAAAGACAAAUAUCCUUCCGCAUUGACCAAACUUGCGGCAAAAAUGUUGCCUGUCAAAUUUCCAACUGACGCAACAUUGUCGGGGAUGUAUGUGGGUUCAUGUUCGCUCGCUUGA